UCAUAGCCAACCAAAUAUUCAUACUCGAUCUCUUCAAACACUCUACUUUCAAAACAACAGAGUUGUCAAGUGAAUUUUCUCGAUCCAGUCCCUUCUCCACUGAUAAAUCAUGGCUGUACGUUUUCCUAGUGUUCUCCGUGCAUUUAUGUUGGCUGCAAAGAAAACUACCUCAAAAUAUUUAGAUGUUCCAAAAGGUUUCUUGGCAGUGUAUGUUGGGGAGACAGUUAAAAAGCGAUUCUUAGUUCCAGUCUCAUACUUGAACCAGCCUUCUUUUCAAGAUUUAUUGAACAAGGCAGAAGAAGAAUUCGGUUAUGCUCAUCCAAUGGGUGGUCUGACGAUUCCUUGCUCAGAAGAUAUAUUCAUUAAUGCCACUUCUAACUCGAGUAGAGCAUAAGAGAGUGCAACUUGAUUUACACUAAUUGCACAAACAAUUUUGUAUGCCAGGAAUGUGAGAAUUGAUGUAAAUACUUCUUGUAAUGAGAUAAAUUCUUACAGAUAAAUUGUUAAACUUCUUUUCUUUUCUCUCAAA